UCUCCCUCUAGUGACGAUACGGAGAAUUUCUAUUUCUACUAUAAAUCAUUUUGUCCUAAGUUUGUCUCUGGAGAGGGACAGUUUUUACUGUACUGGUCUCUUGGAAUUGAAAAGACUGUGAAGACUGGACCGGGACACCUCUUAAAGAACAAUGGCGUGGACAUUAAGGUCACUGACUAUGCUGCUGUUUCUGGCAUAUCUACAGGCAAUAGAGGAGGAGGAUAUCCGUGCUGGCUGCAGCACGGCGGUGAAUGACCUAGUCUACAUCAUAGAUGGCUCGUGGAGCGUGGGCCACAGCGACUUCAAAAAGGCCAAGAGCUGGCUCGUCAACAUCACCAGCGGCUUCGACAUCAGCUCCCACUACUCACAGGUGGCCGUGGUGCAGUACAGCGACACCCCUCGUCUGGAGAUCCCCCUGGGGAAGCACCACGGUGGCCCGGACCUCAUCCAGGCCAUCGAGGGCAUCAGCUAUCUAGGCGGGAACACUCAGACGGGCCGAGCCAUCAAGUUCGCCGUAGAUCAUGUGUUCCCGUCCUCGCAGCGCACCAGCACCGUCAAGAACCGCAUUGCGGUGGUGGUGACGGACGGGAAGUCCCAGGAUGAUGUGGUGGACGCUAGCGUGGAGGCGCGGGCGCAAGGCGUCAUUGUGUUCGCCGUGGGAGUGGGCACCGAGAUCACCACCUCAGAGUUGAUGUCCAUCGCCAACAAGCCGGGGGGUACCUACGUGCUGUAUGCCGAGGACUACGCCAACAUAGACCGAAUCCGAGACUCCAUGGAGCAGAGACUGUGUGAGGAGUCUGUGUGUCCUACGCGUAUCCCAGUGGCCUCCAGGGAUGAGAAGGGCUUUGAGUUGAUGCUGGGCAUGAAUAUCCACCAGAAGGCCAAGAGGAUCCAAGGCUCUCUGGUGUCUGAGGCAGCGUUCUCCUUGACCACCUCAACGGACAUCACAGAGAACACAAGGGAGAUCUUCCCCGAGGGUCUGCCUCCAUCCUAUGUGUUUGUGGCCACGGUCCGCCUCAAGGGUUCAGCCAAACAGGACAAGUUUGACUUGUUGAGGAUCCUUUCUAAAGAUGGCGUCACCCAGGCAGCAGUGACACUGAACGGAGCGGACAAGUCUGUCACUUUCACGACCACCAGCACCACCAAUGAGGAGCAGCUGGUCACCUUUAAUGUGCAGGGCAUUGGGAGUUUCUUUGAUGAAGGCUGGCAUCAGCUGAAGCUGCUCGUGAGGCCCCGGCAAGUAACCGGUUUCCUGGACGAUGAGGAGAUCCAGGAAGUGGCGCUACUGGAGCCGGUGGAGCCAAUCUACAUCAACGGCAAGACGCAGGUCGCCAAGAAGUUCGGGGCGGAGACCACAGUCCCUUUGGAGAUACAGAAACUGCGCCUUUAUUGUGACCCUCAUCAAAGCGAGAGAGAGACAGCCUGUGAAAUCUACUCUGUGGAUGAUGAGAGGUGUCCCCUGGACCGUGAGCCCACAGUGGAGGAAGUGGAGUGUGACUGUGCUAAUGGCAGCCCAGGACCACCUGGCCCUCCUGGACCUAUGGGUCUCCGAGGCGAGAUAGGAAGAGCAGGACCACCAGGCCCUGACGGUAAGCCUGGAACCCAGGGUGAGCCUGGUGGGUCUGGAGAACCUGGGUUUCCUGGCGAGACGGGUGAAUUGGGCCAACUAGGACCCAGCGCGGCUCCAGGUCUGACAGGUGGCAAAGGCGAGAGAGGGGAUCCAGGACUGCCGGGGAAACCGGGCCCGCCAGGACCAAAGGGUCCUGCCACCUCACAAUUAAACCUGGGCUCUGUUGGAAUGCCAGGGAAAAGGGGACUUCCAGGUGAGAGGGGACAAACCGGACCUCCGGGUGAGAUUGGACCAAUGGGGGGACCAGGAGUGCAGGGAAAAGAUGGACUGAUUGGGCCGGUGGGACCAAAGGGAGACAAAGGAGAUAUUGGAAUGUCUGGUGCUGAUGGACAACAGGGGGUACCGGGGUUUGGGCCAUCUCCAGGCUUGUUUGCCGCAAUGGUAACGGCCAUCGUGAGUAAAUCCACAGUGGUCUUGAUGUGGGAUCACGACCAUCUGUCUCCAUUGAGCUUCAUCCUUGUUUGCUGCAAAGAACAGAACCUGGGAUUGACUAAACUGAAGUGCAGCAGUUGA